GAUAACCUACCGGCUACAACCGCGCUGUAAUUAGAAUAUUGACAACUUGGUGUUGGGGCAACGACACUGCAUUUCUUCCCACGGCCUUUGACAUAAUUCCUUGCUCCUCACGAAGUUUAAUAUAAAACAAGAAUGAGAAUUUCAACUAUACACAAAUAAUAUACCUUUCAUUGAAAUUGAACUUGAAUAAUAUACUGCCUUGCCUGCUAGUGGCAGUGCCUACAAAUUAAUCCUUGAGAAAAUGGGGGCUAAAAAACUAAACUAGUCUAAAAGCUGUCACUUUGUUUAAAAAAUAUGCCGGAUUCUUUGUUGUAAUCUAUCUGUAAUACGUUUCAGGCGGAUAUUUGCAACCCCCUUGCACACUUCGUCAAACUGUCAUAAAAUUAAUAAAUUAAGAAAUAUUGUGAGACGUGCCUAGGGCUAGAGUAGAGUAGUAGAGAUUCAAGUUUAAUUUAAUCUUUCCUUCCCCAAUACCCAUGUCUGUCUUACCUGCUGCUUCUUGCCAUUAAUCCCAUAUAUGAUCCAUCCAUCAUCAUGAAUUUGCCUAAAUACGUUUUAGUACUACUAGUUGUUAUGAUGUUGAUUUUUUUGAAUCCAUUAUCAACCAUGAAUUUCGUUGCAUCGGUAUCUUCCGAAAUUGAUGAAUACUACCCAGAAGAAAGAGAAGCACUAUUGAAGCUGAGAGAUUCUCUAAGCUCAAACUCAGAUUUGCACGGGAAUUGGACUGGUCCUCCAUGUAUCAAUAACAGCAGCAGAUGGGCUGGUAUUGCUUGUUCAAAUUGGCAUGUUGUUCACAUUGUCCUGCAAGGAAUUCAGCUAGCAGGUUCCCUUCCACCUUGUGCAUUUCUACAUAACAUAACUUUCUUGAGCAAACUUAGCCUUAGAAACAACACACUCUCCGGCCCUGUUCCAAACCUCACAAACCUUGUCUACUUGGAAUAUGUGGUUUUGUCCUACAACCGCUUCUGGGGUUCAAUUCCUUUGGAGUAUAUUGAAUUGCCUAACCUCAGAGUGCUAGAGUUGCAGAGCAAUUAUUUAGAUGGACACAUUCCACCUUUUGACCAACCCACCUUGAGAGCAUUUAAUGUUUCUUAUAAUCAUCUUGAGGGUCCGAUUCCUCAAACUGCUGUGUUACAGAAGUUCCCCAAAAGCUCCUACGAUCAUAACUCAAAUCUUUGUGGGAGUCCUUUGGAAACAUCAUGUCCACCUCCGCCUCCAGUAGUCAUUGCGCCAUCUCCUUCACCCCUUUCCCCAAAUAUUAUUCCACCCAAGAAGAAGAACAAUCUCCAAGAAUGGAGUUUUGCUUUGAUCGUGGCUGCUGCAGCGCUGGUUCUGUUUCUCGUCAUAUUUGUUUCCUUAUGUUAUUCCAGGAAGGUGCAUAGAAAACAAGCAGCAAAGGAGGAACAACAGACAGAUGGUACUUCAGGGUGGGCACAAACGAAAAUGCCACAUUUGGAGAGCUUGGGGGAUCCUGAAAAGAAGGUUGAGUUGGAUUUUUUUGACAAGGAAAUGCCAGCAGCUUUUGACCUGGAUGAUUUACUAAGGGCAUCUGCACAAGUGUUGGGCAAGGGGAAACUAGGCACUACAUACAAAGUAACACUGGAAUCGGGUCCUGUUGUGGUGGUGAAGAGACUUAAAAACAUGAAUGAGUUGAGCAAAAAGGAAUUUACCCAACAGAUGCAAUUGCUAGGGAAUAUGAGGCAUGAAAACCUUGUACAGAUUCUCUCUUUCUACUAUUCCAAGGAGGAGAAGCUGGUCAUCUCUAAGUUUGAGUCUAGUGGCACUUUGUUUGAACUUUUACAUGAGAACAGAGGAGUUGGAAGAGUACCUUUGGAUUGGGUAACAAGACUAUCAAUAAUCAAAGACAUAGCAAAGGGUCUCACAUUCCUUCACCAAUCCUUGCCUUCACAUAAGGUCCCUCAUGCCAACCUGAAAUCGUCUAAUGUACUAGUCAUCCAGCGAAACAGCCAAACCUACCAUUUGAAGCUUACAGAUUUCGGAUUCUUACCACUUGUGCCCUCUCGAAAGUACAAUGAAGAUCUAGCCAUCGGCAAGUCACCCGAGUUUGCUCAAGGGAAGAAGUUGUCACAGAAAUCCGAUGUCUAUUGCUUUGGUAUAAUCCUAUUGGAGGUCAUUACUGGCAGGAUUCCAGGUGAAAUCUCACCGGGAAAUGAUGAAACGAUGGAUGAUCUUUCUGAUUGGGUUAGAAUGGUGGUGAACAAUGACUGGUCCACAGAUAUUCUGGAUGUAGAGAUACUGGCAGCAAAGGAAGACCAUGAUGAGAUGCUGAAGCUCACCAAGAUUGCACUAGACUGUACAGACUUGACACCGGAGAAGCGGCCAAAAAUGAUUCAAGUGUUGACAAGAAUAGAAGAGAUUGACUGAAGAAGAUCCAAGGGAUUGGAUCAAUGAUUAUUUUUCAUAUUCCUUUCCUGUAUUACGAGCUCUUCGAGCCAUGAUAGAUAAUUAACUAGUACGUACAGUCCAGGCCUCCAUGGCUAUGAAUAUAUAUUCCUAGCCUAGGCAUGACCCGCCGAGUUAGACAACUUCAAUGAUUCUUUUGGAAAAUGUAGAAAAAAGAAAAGAAAAAGAUGAAUGUUUAAUUUAAUUAAAUCCAGUUUAUAGUAAGGCGGGAAAGGUGAGGUGAGUAAUAGUAUUUUUAUUUGUAACAUUUGGUUUAGUCUCUAGUCUUCAGUUGGAUUAGUGUUGAUCGUGAUCAACUAUCAAACCUAUCUAUUUAUUUGUACGCCUAUCUGUUUUCCUACAAAUUUAUCACUUGUCUGAUUGUAAUUUUGACACAACUAGCUCCACUACCUGUCAAAAGAAUAUCAUUGAGUCAUUAGUCUUAUCCGGUUUCACUGAAGAAGAGACCUUUUAUUUUCUUCAAAAGCAAGCAAAAAUCUAUCGAUAUGAAGAAUGAGCCUAAAUAUAAGAGCCAUACGCAACCAAGGAGGAAAGGCAAAGGGCUUUUCCUUUUUAUCUUUUUUAUCUUUUCUAAGGGAAUGUCAAAGACCUAAAACAUGGACACAAUUAGGAGAAACUGGUGCCAAAUCAAAUUAACUCCCUAAACAAAUAGAGAUACUUUUCUCUUUGAUUCUCUUUGCCAAAUCAAAGAAUGACUCGAUAAAAGAUUAACUAAUUACGAAUCCCUCACUAUAGGUUACUUAGCGCUAUAUAUAGCCUGUAAGCUUUUAAAAAAAAAAAUUUAUUAUACAAUCGAUAUUCGGGAGGGAGGAAACUAACAGGAGACCUUGAAUACAAAGAUAAUUAUUCUUAAUCACUUGAGCUACAAUCUUCUCGCAAAUAUGUAAUUUAGACUAUACUAAUUAUUAAACAAUAUAAAAUC